GGCUUACUGGCAGGCGGCGCCGGCGGCUGCUGCCAAAGGGGAAGUGAGCUGGGGCUGGAGCGAUGGCCUGGGUUUGGAGCCCGCGGCCGCCGCCGCCGCCACCACCACCAGCAAGUUGGGAGCAGCUGCGGCUGCAGCCGGAGCGGGGGCCGGAGUCGCGGCUGGAGUGGAGGCGGCGCGUGUGAGUUGCCGAGAGUAGCCAGAACACCUCAAACUCUGGGCGGGAGCGCUUCAGGUGGGCUGAGCCGCCGUCGCCGCUCCGCACCGCCCUACCCCCCAGGCCCAGACAGCAAGGCUGGGGUCUCCCAGGUGCGGGACUGGCACUUGGCAGGCUGAGCCCUCUGAGCCGUGCUCUAGGCCUUCCUCAGUCUCGGGCCCCCUUCAAACUCAAGGCGGAGGCCGGAGAGCGGUGAUCACACCAAGACACCGUCAUUUUCUUGGCGCCCAAGUUGUGUCGGGGUUGUAGCGGCUGCGAGCCCCUUUCUGCUGCCUCUUCUCCAGCUAGGGAGCGACUAGCGCGUUCUCACUGUCUAGCUCUGCACCCACCCCCCCUUCUCCCGUUCAAGAACAAGUUUCUUUUCGCUCUCUACUGGAAGUCCUGCCCCGGAAGGCCAAAACACCCAUCUGUGUGUCCUUCCUCAGCUCCUGGAGCACACUUAGAAAUAUUACAUACCUAUCGGAAGAUAAAGGUUGCUCCCCUUGCCACCCUCUUAUCUGAGACUCCAUGCCCAGAGCCUUACCCAUUUUUAUCACCAGCUCCCUGGCCAUCUCUGUGUGACAUCCCCCACCCAUCUGAGUUCCACUUUCCUCUGGGCUCCAAUCUCUAGCCCCCAGUGGAUCUGGUCAGUCCCACCCCUGGGUGGGAGUGACCCAGGGCUCUGGCCCAAAUUCCCCACCCUGGAAGGCAGCUCCAAGGUAGCGAGAGAAUUGGGCAUCGGGUACGAACCUGGCAGCUCAGGGGUGGGUGCACCACUCACCCCACACAAAAAGAUGAAGAAGCGCAAAGAGCUUAAUGCAUUGAUCGGCUUGGCUGGGGACAGUCGGAGAAAGAAGCCCAAGAAAGGCUCAGGCCACCGCCUCCUUCGCACUGAGCCUCCUGACUCAGACUCUGAAUCCAGCUCUGAGGAGGAAGAGGAAUUCGGUUUAGUUGAAAAUCGCUCUCGUUUUGUCAAGGGAGACUAUUUACGAUGCUGCAAGAUCUGUUAUCCCCUCUGUGCUUUUGUCAUCCUUGCCGCCUGUGUUGUGGCCUGCGUUGGCUUGGUGUGGAUGCAAGUUGCCCUGAAGGAGGAUCUGGAUGCCCUCAAGGAAAAAUUUAGAACAAUGGAAUCUAAUCAGAAAAGUUCAUUCCAAGAAAUUCCCAAACUUAAUGAAGAACUACUCAGCGAACAAAAACAACUCGAGAAGAUUGAAUCUGGGGAGCUGGGCUUGAACAAAGUCUGGAUAAACAUCACAGAAAUGAAUAAGCAGAUUUCUCUGUUGACUUCUGCAGUAAACCACCUCAAAGCCAACGUUAAGUCAGCUGCAGACUUAAUUAGUCUGCCUGCCACUGUAGAGGGACUUCAGAAGAGUGUAGCUACCAUUGGCAACACUUUAAACAGCGUCCAUCUUGCUGUGGAGGCAAUACAGAAGACUGUGGAUGAACACAAGAAAACCAUUGAGUCACUGCAGAGUGACAUGAAUUGGCACUUCUUGAAAGAGACCAGUGGAAGCAACCAGAUCAUUCCAUCACCUUCAGCCACAUCAGAUUUUGACAAUAAAACCCACAGUGAGAAUUUGAAACAGGAUAUCCUGUACCUUCACAACUCUUUAGAGGAGGUAAACAGUGCCCUAGUGGGGUACCAGAGACAGAAUGAUCUUAAACUCGAGGGGAUGAAUGAGACAGUCAGUAACCUUACCCAGAGAGUCAACUUGAUAGAAACAGAUCUGGUUGCUGUGAGCAAGGUAGAAAAGCAAGCGAACCUGUCCCUCAGCAUGAAAGAAGAUAGUUCAGAUUCUCAAGUAUCCAAGCUAAGAGAGAAACUGCAGCUGAUCAGUGCUCUCACAAACAAACCUGAGAGCAACAGGCCUCCAGACACCACUGACAAAGAGCAAGUACAGAGUUUCACAUCAAAGCCGUCGGCAUUGCCAAAAUUUCCACAGUCUCUUGGAGAUCAAACUGAGAAAGCUGUGCAGCUGAGACCUAUUGCCCUACCAGGAAUUUCUAGCAUCAAAGAUCUUCAGGAUUUAUUCCACAAGACUGGCCAGGACAUGGAUGGGAAGCUGACCUAUCAGGAAAUCUGGAACUCUUUAGGUUCUGCUGUGCCAGAACUAGAGACUUUGAGAGCAUUUGAUUCUGAUGGCGAUGGAAGAUACUCUUUCCUGGAGCUAAGGGUAGCUUUAGGUGUCUAGCCUCAUCAGGCAUAUUUUAGAAAUGGGUACAUACCCAGGACUACCUAAUAUCUACUCACCUAACACAAACAGCCCAUCGAUCCUCCAGUCCUCCAAACUACUGUAGCAGACACAUUGCCACCUUUUAACUUGUUUGAAAAGGCUAUAAAGAAAAGUUAUUUUUUUAAAAAAGAAGGCCAUUUUACCUAUAUGAUAUUCAGAAAUCUAUGAUUUCCUAAAACCAAUAAGAUCUUAAUUUCAAAAUUGCCAGGAAAAAAGUCAAGCCCUCUUUUUUUUCUCUUUCCUUUUUUUUUAGGGAAGGAAACCUUAUCUUUUAAAACUGGAAAAUGUGUAUAUAGAGAGAAUAAGCCACCUUUUAUAUUUCACAUAAAUUUGCCUUAAAUUAGCUGCACUUUAUACAGACUCAGAAAAUGUCUUUCUUUUAAAAGCUAGACCUUUUCUGUUUGUAAAUAUUUAAAAUGAAAGAAAGAAUUGUGCAUAUUUUGUGGGAAGUCGGAAGAAUAGUUUGAAACAGGCUGUGAACAAAUGACUUGUUAUUAAAAAUCGCUAAUGUUGGUAACAGCUGAAACUAUGUCCAUGUCUCCUUAAGACACCCUUCAGGUGCUGCUGUGGGGUUUGCCUUGGAGGCUGGAGGAAUAGAUUUGGGGAGGUGACCCUGUAAGGACAGUGCUGCCUCCUGGCUCAGAAAAGUAAGAUUCUGGCUUUUUGUUCCUGUCCCCUCAACUGAUCCCAACCUGUGAACCAGAGAAGCCUUGUUGGGGGUUUUUUCACUUUUAAUCCUAUUUCAGGGUUUAUGAGCAUAAACAGUUAUGCAGUGGGGAGCUACAUUUUCUGCACUGAGUGAGCUAGAUUAUCUUCCCCCACCCACCUACUCAAACCUCUCUUAGCUGCAGCUGGCUGCUGCCUCUGAUGCAGGCUCCAUUCUGAAUGGGAGGGGCUGCGCUCCUCGGCUCACUGUCUCUGCCCGGCUACCCAGGAGGGGCUUUAGGGGAUAGCUUUGCCCCUCAUUGUGACCCAGGAAACUCCUUGACAUUUUAUCUGGAGGCCUACCAAGAACGUAGUAUGUUCCUCUGUGCCCUAAAGCCAAAGGGGUUGUGAAGUGCAGCACAUGAAAUCACAUCAGGUUCCCUUACAGUUGUCAGCUCAGAAGUAGCUAGAGGCAUUGUGUCCAGAGGAUGCCAACCCAUAUCAAGUAGGCCUGGAGCAGGGGGGCACCACAUGAUGGCAGCAAGUUUUUUCAAAUCUCUUAACAAGCAAGUGCAAUACACUUCCCUUUAAAUAUUUCCAUAGGCCUGGUAUGAAAGGUCUCCAGACUGGAAGGAAUCACACGUCCGUAUUCCCUGUGUGUGUGCUGUGCUGUUCUUAGACGCAGGCUUUGGGCAACACAAAAGGAAGAAUUUUGUGAAACUUAACUGUUCUGUAGGCCAAGUCAGGGAGAAACUAGAGCUUUCAUGGCACAGACUUUAGUAGAGCUCGUUUCCAUUUUCACUUCAUCCUAGUUGCCCUGUUACCCAGGGAUGCCAUCGAGCUCCUUUAAACAUUUAAGGGCUGUUUUUUUUCUUUAUGUAGUCUUCAGUUUAGUGUUGGCUAACUUUGAUUUUUUUUCUGAAAGUGUUAACAUUUAGUUAAAGCAAGAUGAAGUCUUUUCCCAUGAAUGUGUCUGCUUACCUCAUUAUGGCUUGUGCUUCUCUUUUUUUAAAGAAAACAAGAUUUUUUUGCCUACCUGAGCUAUUUCUCUUUCUUGGAAAGGUUAAAAUAUAGCAUAAAGUUAGCCUGGCACUUUAGGUAACUUGAAGACAACUCUUUUUCUUCUGGCUGCCUUCCUUGCACCCCCCCUUUUUAAAUGUAUAUACCCUUAUAGAUUUUGUAACAACCAAAUAAAAUUCUAGCAAUAAAUUGACCUAUACUGCUAUAUUUGUAUAUACUGUACCAUAAAUAAUAUGUCUGUACCUGGAAGGUAUUUUUUUUGAGAACUGAUUUAUAUGAAAUAUACUUGAGGGUAAUGUAGCUUGUCCAUUUUAGUUUCAAAUUCUUAAUUCAUGGGCAGAUACUCCGAGGACCCCUUAAGUCUUUGUUGUCUGUACUUUUCUUUUGUAUCAGAUAGCUACACCUGGAGAAGGCAGUUUUGUUUUUCAGUUUCUCACCUGUUUGUCCCACCUCAAGCUCAGCUGGCUCGCAUCAUCCUGGAGCUAGCUGGAUCGUACCACUUGCUGUCACAUCAGGCAGAGGUGUUCUGGCCACACUCUCAGACUGACUACCCUUGCUGUGCUGCUGCCCUAGCUCCCAGGCAGAACGAGGGCAUCAGGUUGAGAUUCAUUGGCUUAAGAGUUUGAUGAGCCUAUUCUUCAGUGUUAAUUUGGGAGUUUUAUUUGCAAGUUGUCUGAACUUCCCCAACCUGUGACUUUUGAGCUGUACUCAAGCCUCCUUGCCUCAUAUCUCAGCUCUGAGAGGAAGAUUGGGUUUUGGUGUUUAUUUCAAAUACUUUCACCUUUUCACCCUGGCAGCUUCUACUGAGGCUUUCUUAAGUGACCCAAAGCACAGCUUCUCGGUUCUUCUUUGCUUUUGCCUGUACUAUCUGGGAUAAUGUUUACUUCAAGAGCCUCCCUAGAAAUCAGAGGACCAAAAACAUGUUCUAGGAAGAGAAGAAUCAAAGGAAUAGAGAACCUGGCUUAGGGAUAAGGGUAAUGUCCUCUUAAGGGCAGAGAGGGACCUGGCACUUAGGACAGUACACCCCUCACCUGCUGCUCGCUACUUUUCCUGCCAGUGGUGUUUCCUCACUUUACGUUUCUUUGCUGGACGUAACUCCGUUGCCCCCACCUCCCACUGCUGGUCUUGUGGUCACAGUUGAAGACUUUGACUGUGAUGGGCUCAUACUCAUAAUGGCCUGCUGUUGAGUUGUUUUUAGUGACAGCUUUUGUUUGCUACACACCUCAUUGGCUUACUUACCAACACCAGCUAGAUGUGGUCCCUUCUUUCAUAUCCUAACCGGAACACAUUUGGGUAUUCCUGAGACUUUAUAGAGUGUGUAUUGUUUGUUAUAUGAACCUAACCUACCUUGUUGUUUUCUCAUAUUAAGAAAUGUAAAUCUACUUUGCUUUAGUGGAGCUAUUUUCGUAAUGUAUGAGCAAUUUUGGUUCUGUUUGGAGAGUGAAUUCAAGGUCUCUAUGACUUGAGCUUUGCUUAUUUCAUAUCAGUAAUACAGCUAUUUUAAUUUAUCUAAAUAAAACAUUUCCUUUUUCUCCCA